AUGGAUUCCGGCUCCCGUAAGAUCUAUCAUGUACAUGGAUUUGAUUCCAGACAAUUCCUGGAGCAUUAUGUCUCAGAUAAACCUGAUAUGGUCUUUGAAGAGGAUUUCUUAAGAUUUCCCAUUGAAAAUUUUGUGAAAGCUUUCAGACCAGGUCAUAUUAGAGGAGAUGUCCUGAUUGACCUCAGCAUUGGUCCCAUGAUUCACUAUCUCUAUGCACCCAGUGAGUUUUUCAAGCACAUCAUAAUACUGAAGGUCCGAGACAGAUGUAUCCUGGAGCUAAAAAGAUGGCUGAACACACGUACUGGAGCCUUUGACUGGGGACAUGCCACAAAGAUUCAUGUAGACAUAGAAGGAAAGAGGUAA